CACAUGUUGCAGAGAUUUAGCGAGAUCGAUGGCUGACAUAAACAAAGCGGGUGUUUCAAACGUCGGUCCGGACGGACUGAUCCCAAACAAACUAACAUUACAAGCAACAAAAGAAGAUCAGACGUCUGUUUCUGUGACCACAGGCAUCAGCGAAACAAUGAUGAUGGACAUUGAUGAUAGUAAGAGUGAGACUACGAGUCAAUCACUCGACAGUACAAACUCUCGAUCAGAAACCCCUACAAGCAUGGUGACUGCUGCUGGCUCAGAUCAAGCACUUGUAGCCAAGAGAUGGGCAAGAGGAAGGUGGAAAUCUAAGAAAUGCAAAUGGCAGUUCAAGUAUAGCUGUUAUGUCAAGGAGGACCAUGGUCAGCCUAUAUUUGGAGUUAUCUUCAACCCGUAUCGGAAGGAAAGUGAUCCUAAUGUCUUCUGUUCAGUUGGUAGUAACCGUGUUUCAAUCUACGAGCUUCAGGAUGAUGGCAAGAUUAAGCUAUUACAGAGCUAUGUUGACGCUGAUUCUGAUGAAAACUUCUACACAUGUGCAUGGACGUAUGAAGAAACGACAGGGCUCCCUCUUUUGGCCGUUGCUGGUUCGAGAGGAGUCAUCCGAAUCAUCAGCCCAAUAACACUACAGUGUAUUAGGCAUUUCAUCGCCCACGGCAAUGCUGUGAAUGAAUUGAAGACACACCCACAUGACUCCAACCUACUUCUAUCAGUCAGCAAAGAUCAUUCAGUCAGGUUAUGGAACCUGAAAACAGAUACAUUAGUAGCCAUCUUUGGUGGGGUCGAAGGUCAUCGAGAUGAAGUGUUGUCUGGGGACUUUGACAUUGAUGGUUUGCGGAUAGCAUCAUGUGGUAUGGAUCAUUCACUGAAGAUCUGGAACCUGGAGAAAGAUAACAUUCAACGAGCCAUGAAAGCAUCACAUGCAUACAUUGCAUCCAAGACUAACAAGCCUUUCAAGUCUUUGUACGUGAAUACACCCGACUUCACAACUCGUGACAUUCAUAGGAACUAUGUUGAUUGUGUACGCUGGCUGGGCGACUUUGUACUCUCUAAGUCAUGUGAGAAUUGCAUCGUCUGCUGGAAACCUGGUGGCAUUCAUGACCCUGUAGAGAUGAUCAAGCCGUCCAUGUCAGAGGUCACCGUCUUGACCCGGUUCAACUACACACAGUGUGAUAUCUGGUUCAUGAGGUUCAGCAUGGAUUACAGACAGAAGAUGCUAGCCCUUGGUAACCAGGUCGGCAAGAUAUUUGUAUGGGAUCUCGAGAUGGAAGACUGCAUCAAACCAAAAUGCGCCACAUUUACUCAUCCGAAGUGUGUAUCAGCCAUCCGCCAGACAGCUCUCAAUCCCAGCGGUAACAUCCUCCUUGCUGCAUGUGAUGAUGGUACCAUCUGGAGAUGGGAUCGCACCAAAUAGACUACUAUCAAUUCAUCACAGG